AUGCAAGGCCUGGCGGCAUCUUGCAAGAUCGUGCUCGUGAUGUUUCUGCUCGGCUUAGGCUUGGCAGGAGCAACCGCCGACAGCCGGAGGAGGGUCGUCUCCAGCAGCCCCGACGAGCCGUGCAAGAAGAUGACGCUCUACCUCCACGACAUCCUCUACAACGGCGUCAACAACACCGCCAACGCGACGGCGGCGCCGGUGACCAAGCCGACGGACCUGAGCACGUCGCACUGGAGCAACGGCACCUUCUUCGGCAUGCUGGUGGUGUUCGACGACCUGGUCACGGAGGGUACGGCGCUGCCGGUCGGCGACAAGGAGCCGGCGGCGCGCGCGCAGGCCUUCUACUUCUACGACAAGAAGGAGUCGUACAACGCGUGGUUCACCUUCUCCCUCGUGUUCGACUCCAAGGCGUACAAGGGCACCCUCAACCUCAUGGGCGCCGACCUCAUGGACGACGAGACGCGCGACCUCUCCAUCGUCGGCGGUACCGGCGACUUCUUCAUGGCGCGUGGCAUCGCGACGAUUCGCACGGACGCCACUGAGGGCUACUUCUACUUCCGCCUCAAGAUGGACAUCAAGCUCUAUGAGUGCUACGUCUGA